AUGUCGCUCGAAGCAACGAUGAUCAUUGUGGAUAAUAGUGAAAGUAGCAGAAAUGGAGACUAUACCUCAACACGAUGGCAAGCACAGGUCGAUGCUGUCAGCGUCAUUCACAGCGCCAAAAUGCGCGUGCAUCCACAGUCUGCUGUUGGGCUCAUGAGUAUGGGUGGCAAGGGUCCUGAAGUUCUUUCGACAUUUACCUCCGACUUUGGCAGCAUUCUCGCCGGUCUGCACCGCACCAAGAUUCAUGGCACUGCCCAUCUCAGCUCCAGUAUACAGGUGGCUGGCCUUGCUCUAAAGCACCGUUCCGAAAAGUCUCAGAGACAACGCAUCAUCGUUUUUUCCUGCUCCCCUAUCGAAGAAGACGAAAAGACACUGGUCAAGCUGGCUAAAAAGAUGAAGAAGAAUAAUGUGUCGAUCGACGUUAUCGCCUUUGGAGACCUGGAGUCCGAUCAAACCAAGAAAUUGGAAGCGUUCGUGGAGAAUGUCAAGGGUGGUGACGGCUCCAAUCUAGCCAUCAUCCCUCCGGGACCGAACCUGCUCAGUGAGGAGCUUCAGGCCACGCCUAUCUUGGGCGGUGAGGCGGGAGUAGGCGGCGCCGGUGCGGAAGGUGGUGACGGCGGCUUUAAUUUCGAGGACGCUGCUGAAAACGACCCUGAGCUCGCAUUCGCCCUGCGUCUUUCACUCGAGGAGGAAAAGAAUCGACAGGAGAAGGAGAAGCGUGAGAGGGAAGAGGCUGAGCGCAAAGCGAACCUGGAAAACAUCCCCGAGGAAGGCCAGCCGGGUGGUGAAUCGAGUGGAAGCCAAGACAAGAAAGAGGACGGUGACAAGAUGGACACCGCUUAA